GACUUCAGCGGACAAACUAAUAUGUCCGCGGCUACUACUCUGACUACCGAGAAAUCGACUUUGAAACAGGAACUCAUAACCUCGUCUCUAACUUCGUUCUUAACGAACAGAGUUCGAUACGAUGGCAGUCAAAGCUAUCAUCCCUGGCACCGCCCUCAUCAUCAUUGACAUGCAAGUCGACUUCGUCACUGGGAGUCUCGCUGUGCCAGGAGCAACGGAGCUUCUGGGCCCUAUCAACGAAAUCAUCGACCUCCCAUUCGCUUAUCGCGUCGCAUCCAAGGACUUCCAUCCUCCUGGUCAUAUUUCCUUUGCAACUACCCAUGGGAAACCUCUGUUCGAGACUAUUUCUAUCUACCCACCAGAGGAUCUGGUUGCGCAGACGGGAGGCGACGUCAGGACAAUCACAGAGAAGGGUCUAGCACAGACGCUCUGGCCGGACCACUGCGUACAAGGCACACCAGGGGUGGAGAUCAUUCCCGGCCUAAAAGUGGAUGAUACCUUUGAUAUCAUCCACAAGGGCACACAUCCCAGGGUGGAGUGCUACUCUGCAUUUAAAGACCCGUGGCAUCUCCUGCGCACAGAGCUCGAAGACAACCUUCGUCACAACAAGGUGAAGGAUGUCUACCUUGUCGGUCUCGCUGGCGAUUACUGCGUAAAAGCCACCGCCAUUGACGCAGCGAAAGCUGGAUUCAACACGUUUGUCGUGACUGAUGGCGUGCGUAGCGUUUCUCCCGGCGGUGAAGAGUACGAACACAUGAAAGCCGCGGGAGUGGGAAUCAUAAAUCUUAUCGAGCUGAAGGAGAGGUUGCAGGUUGCCUAAAACAAUGUAUCAACUAUCAGUUUGGGGGUCGUAUGUCAGAUGGCGUGAUGCUCUGGUAGGGUAUAUGAGCGGAUUUUGAUGACUGAUUUCCUAUUGGGUGAACCUGAUGCGGCGACCGCAGCG